AAAAGAAAUAGCUGACGGAGUUUUUCCCCCCUCUCCGCACCUUUAGAAUUCAUGCCUUUGUGCUGCUUGAAACGUGGGUGCAUAUUAUUAACGCCCGAUACGCUUUUUUUUUUUCUUUUAUCUUAACCUGAAACGAUUAAAAACAUGCCGCCUGUGGUUGGAAUCGCAUGGGCCAUUUACGGCAUCGUUGUAGCGGGCCUCUUUGUAUUCAGUUCAGGCUUCACACGCUACUACCAACACAAACAAGAAAGCGAAGCAUUCGCGACGGUAGUGACCGUGUUCGCAUUGACGUUAAUCCUGGCAACCUUGGCAUUGACACCGAUUGACAUUUUCUUGGUGUCGUCGACCGUGGAUGGCGAAACGGGCAUGAAAAAGAAAUGGGCGGAUCCAGACACGAUCUUUUGGAUGACGACCACCGUACAAAUCGUCUACUAUGGCUGCUAUGGGUUGAUUGCCUUUUCCAGUUUCUUUUUGAUUCCAUUUGCCUAUUUUUAUUAUGAAGAGGAUGAAGGUGAUGACGAGGCGUUGAGCCGGGCCCAGCAGAGGAGACAACGCGCGUGGGGUGCGCUCAAGUACACGAGUUUUUUCAUUGUCAUUUGUGCGCUCUUGCUCUUGUUUGGCCUGUUCGUCAAGCCUUCACAACGGCCGCCGAAAUUGGAUUUGGAUUGGUUUGAGAAGCUGUUGACUGAGAGCAAUGGGGAGAAAUCCAUUUCGUUCGUGGUCGCUUGCCUGAUUCUGCUUGGCAUGCUUGUCUUUAUUGGCUAUACGGCACCAGGAUUGUCAUUACUGCCAAUGAACAUGAUCAAAGGACGACGUCGGUUAGAAGCAGAAAACCAGGAUGUGGACAACCGGCUGGCUGUGAACCGUGAGCGACAGCGUGAACUGCAAGCACGCUACACAGGUACAAGUAAGGCGAUCAGUGCACGCGAUCAACGCGAGCUUGAUAACUUGGAUGAUGAGGAAAGAAUCUUGACGCGACGAUUGCGAACCAUCCAAGAAGAUCAGUCGGGUCUAUGGCAACGUCUCCUCAAGGUGAUCAGACCCUUUGAGAUUUUGAUUGGUUUUUUGCUGUUGGCACUGACUUGGGUGGUCAUAGCUUCUAUUUUCUUGACCAUAGUUGACAAGCUCACGUAUUCGGUAUGUGGCAAGCAGUGCGGCUACAUUAUCAGCCAUCCCGACCUGUUCAAUCCAGUCAAUGUCAUCUUUGUCAAGCUGGCAAAGUAUUUCCCACUGGACAAUGUGUUUAUGGUGCUGCUGAUUGUGUACUUCUUCCUUGCCACCAUGUCGGGCGUGAUCACCUUGGGCGUCAGGUUCUUGUGGGUCGCGCUGUUCCGGAUUCGUAAAGGAGCCACGAUGCCUCAAGGGUUGCUUUUCUCAACGAUUCUAUUAACGCUCAGCUUGCUUGCAUUGAACUAUUCAUUAACGGCUGUCGUGGCACCUGGAUAUGCACACUUUGGAAGUCAAGUCUAUUGCAAUUACACAGAAGGAGGUCAGCGCGACUGUACGGACCAUAUGGACAAGAUUGUGCCUUGCGAUAUCUAUGCACCUACAGAAAUUUGCACACCGACCAUCACAUCCACGUUGAUUGAUCGCAUUGUGGUCAACACACCGUUCUUUGGGGCCAUCUACUAUUACUCGCAAUGGGCCUUCUUGGUCGUGUUUGUGCUUGGGUUCUUGGUUGCCUUGUUCCGACGACCGCGCGACAAUGUGGAUAUGGAAUCUGCAGAUGUGGAUGCAGAGCAAGAGGAUGAAGAGCAGCGCGGCCUUUUGGACGGUAGAAGAAGAACGACGACGACGACGAUGGGUGCAAGUGCGAGCGGAACGAGCGGAAAUGAAAGUAAUCAAGGCCAGCAGCAGCAGCAGCAGCAGCAGCAGUAUGUAUGAUUGGAGACCCACAUGAUUUUUUAUUUUCUUAUUACAACAUAACUGUAAUGCCAUUGCAUGCACCGUAUAUGCUUGUUUGCUGCAAGGCAAGCAGUCAUCAUCAUCUUAUUAUUAUUAUUAUAUGGUCUGGGCCGUGCUUGCGUCUUAUUUCUGAGAGAAUAUGCAAGCCGUUGCCCAUUUUGGGAUGAUGAACCGUAAAUAACUUUUUGUUUUCGUUGAAUAAAGAAAAAAAUUGCAGUGUUUUUUUU